AUAAUAUUACUAUCGUACAUGUAAAUAUGAAUCUUUUCUUAGUUUUAUUUUAUAUAUUAACAUUUAAGACUGUUAUCUAUAACAUUAAAAGAGUACGGAUUUUAUAUUAUGAUUCAUUUCAUUACAUAAUCUCGAUAAUUUAUCACAGUUACAAAUAAGAUAGUGUUUUCGAAAAUUUCUACCGCUAUAUGUAACAUUACUUAAAAGGACAGUAAAAAGUAUUGUUUACCAUUUCAUAUUAUUCAGUGUACCACAAUCCAACAUUCCACGAUUUAAACGUAUUAUGGAUACUGAAGAAAAAAUUAUCAAUAAAUCUGAUCUAUUAGAAUCAAAUAAAACAUCAUCAGAGAACUCAUCAAUCAUUGGCAAACCAAUGGAUUCAGUUAAAACUAUUUCAACUAAGUUAAAUGAUACCAAUGAAGGUUUAUUCGAAAAUACUUCAAAUCAAUCUCAUGAUGGAUUAAAUCAAUCUGAAAUAUCAAAAAAUGAUGAAACAACUAAAAAUAUCAUCAAUGAAAAACAUCAAAAUAUUUUAAUUGAAAAAAUUACAGAUAAAUCAAUCGAUUCACCUGAAAAACAUGAAUCGAAUAAUAAAGUUUCUUCAUCAUUACGUUCAAUGAAAGGUAGACGUAUGUAUCCAUUGAAUCAAUUAUCUAAUCCAUCGGAUCAUCUUCAUGAUUUAAAACAAAAUAAUAAUAAUAAUAAUAAACAUAAACAAUCAAAUUUAAAAUGUAAAAAAUUUAAAAAAUAUUUAAAAUCAUUAAUUGCAUUUUUAUUUUCUCAUAUUGGUCUUUGUUUAGUUGUAGUUGGUUAUUGUACAUUAGGAGCAUUUUUAUUUCGUUUAAUUGAACAAAAUAAUCAAUCAAAUAUUAUACAUAAUUAUACUACUGAAUUAAUUUAUAAUCAUAAAAAUAUACAACAAUUAAUUAGGAAUUAUCAUCAUGAAUCAUUAAAAUUAUGUAUAAAUCAUGUAAAUCAUUUAUAUUCUAAUGAGAUAAAAUGGAAAAAUGAUAUAAUCAAUAUAUUGAUUUAUUAUGGUUUUUCAAUAAAACCAGAAUUAUUUAAAAUAGAAUUAGAAAAAUUUAAUCAAAAAUUAAUUAAACCAAUUAUACCAAUGAAUCAAACAAAUUCUAUUCUAAUCAAUAAUCAAUUAAUAUUGAAUGAAUUAUAUAAGAAUUUAACAAUCCAUUUAAAUUAUUAUACUGAUUAUAUUUUAUUGAAAAUAAAUGAAUUCAUUGAAAAAUUAAUGUAUAAUACAUAUGAUGCAUGUAAUUCAGGUUGGAAACCUGUACAUUCAAUGAAUAAUUUAUUCAUAUAUAAUAAUAAAACUUAUCAAAAUAUUUAUUCACAAUGUUAUAAAUAUAAUAAUUGUACAUUAGAAACUAUUAUUAAUAAUAAUAUUAGUAGUAGUAUUAGUAAUAAUAGUAGUAAUAAUAAUAAUCAAAUCAAUACUAUAUGUAAUUGUUUAAAUGAAACAAAAUGUUUAUGUGAUAAUAUUAGUCAAAUUAAUAAUUAUUCAAAUAGAUUAUCUACAAUUGGUAUUAUUGAAGAAUAUCGAGAUCCUUGGACAUUGACUGGAGCUUUAUUAUAUGCUGUUACUGUUGUUACUACUAUAGGUUAUGGACAUAUUGUACCUAAAACCGAUCUUGGACGAGCAAUAACUGUAAUUUAUGCAUUAUUUGGUAUACCAUUAGUACUUUUAUGUUUAACUAAUCUUGGUGGAUUUUUAGCUAAUACUGUACGAAUUAUUUAUUCAAAUUCAUGUUUUAAAUAUCAUCAACAUCGUAUUAAAAAGAAAUUAACUAAACAACAACAUACUCAAUCAAUAUUACCAAUAACAAGAGAUGAACAAUUACAUUUAACUAAAAGAACAUUACCAAAUAAUCGUAAAAAUAAACUAUCAAAAUUACAUAAUACUUUAGAAGAAAAUAAUGAAACAUCAAUAAUCAAUCAUUAUAUUGAUUCGAAUAAAUCGAUAUCAAAAGAAUCGAUUAAUCGAUUAACUAUGAAUGAUUAUCAUACAGCAAGAUUUGAAAAACGUGCUCAAUCUAUUCUACAUACAUUAACUAGUUCACAAUCAAUAAUUUCAUCAGGUAUACAAAAAAAAGAAAGAAAAAAUAAAGGAGUACAUGUACCAAUAUGGUUAACAUUAUUAGUAUUUUUUAUUUAUAUGAUAGUUGGUGCAAUUAUAUUCGCUAAAUGGGAAAAUUGGAAUUUAUUACAAUCAGGUUAUUUUGUAUUUAUUACAUUGUCAACAAUUGGAUUUGGUGAUUUUGUUCCCGGUAUACAAACAGAUAAAUGGCAAGAAAAUUCUACAAAACCAGUAUUUUGUUGUUUCUAUUUAUUAUUUGGUUUAUCUAUGGUUGCUAUGUCAUUUAAUUUAAUGCAAGAAGAAGUAAAAACUAAAUUUAGACGAUUCGCUUAUAAAGUUGGUUUAGUUGAAGAUUAAAUAUUUUGUUUCUAUGGUGAAAACCUCCUUUUUUUUUAGAAAAAAUAAUAAUACUUAUGAUUACUUGAUUAUUAUUCAUUCUGAAAAUUGUCUUCACUAAUUUACUCCACAAUUUCUCUCUCUAAAUGUUCAUUAAUUCUUAUUUAUUUGUUUAUGUGCUUGCUUUUAUUCAAUGUGCCUCUAAUUAUUAACAAUUUUAUAAUAUUCAUAAUGAUUUGAUGAAAGUCAGUUUAAAAUUUAACGUUGUACACAUUAAUUAACAAUAACAAUGAACUCAAUCAUCUCAAUGAUAAUGAUAGAAAUAAUCAAUCGUUGCUUUUCAAAUGUAAAACUGUAGUUGUGAUUUUAAGGUAUCUAUAAAUUUUAGUGCAAUAAAUAUGUAUAUUAAGAACCAUUAUAAGAAUCUAUUGUUCAUGUUUAUUAUAUAUGUUUACCUGUUCUAUCCUUUAGUCUUAUUUUCUAAAUACUUAUCUGUAUUGCCAAGAAGACAUAAUUAGUAUUUGGAACCUUUAUUCAUAGUACAUUCAAAUACAUCUAAUAUAAAUAUUUACAUAUAAUUCUAUUCCUUCUUCCAUUCCCAUUCAAAGUGAGAAACUUCACAUGAAUAUUAGUAAUUAGAAUGAAAUGAGUAUAAUGUUUUUAUUAAAACCAAUACAAC